AUGUCUUUUGAAUAUUUUCAAGAACUUUCUAAUGAUUUGGAAAAAUUACUUACAACUGAAAAGGGAUAUGAUGUCAUUAUUUACGUUGGAGAAAAUGAAAAUAUAAAAGAAUUUCAUGCUCAUUCGAGUAUUUUAUGUACAAGGUCGCAGUAUUUCUGUUCAGCUUUCUCUAAUGAAUGGGCCAAUAAAAAAGAUGAAAAAUUUAUUUUCAAGAAACCUAAUAUUUCUCCUGAAUUAUUUAAAAUUAUUUUAAGAUAUAUUUAUUGUGGGAAGAUUGAUUUAACAAAAUUACAAGGUCCUGAAGUAUUAAAACUUUUGAUUGUAGUGGAUGAACUUAAUAUUCAAUCUUUAAUCUCUUGUAUUCAAAAAUAUUUGAUUAAAAAUGAAGAUAAGCUUUUGCAACAGAACCCUAUAGAAAUCCUUGAAACAGUUUAUCAAUAUGAAUCAUUUACAGAUUUAUGGAAUUAUUUUCUUGAGAAGAUUUGUGAAGAACCUGAAAUGUUAUUUAAUUCUAAUAAGUUUACCAAUUUAAAAGCGCCUUUAUUAAAAUUACUUUUAAAACGGGACGACUUGAGUUUAGAAGAAAUUAUAAUUUGGGAUAAUUUAUUGAAAUGGGGCCUUGCACAAAAUCCAUCCAUUUCACAAGACUCAACAAAAUGGAGCAAGGAGGAUAUUAUAAUUAUGGAGAGAUCUCUUCAUGGAUUUGUUCCACUAGUUAGAUUUUAUCAUAUUUCUUCAGAUGAUUUUAUUGAAAAAGUUUAUCCUUUAAAAAAAUUAUUACCGGAAAAUUUAGUUGAUGAUUUAAUAAAAUUUCAUAUUACACCAAAUAAAAAAUUAUCAAAUGACAAUGUUGGACUUCCCCGACAAUCAAAAUUUAUUUAUGACUCAACUUUAAUUGAACGUCAACAUUUUGCUGUUCUAGCUAGUUGGAUUGAUAAAAAAGAAAAUUUACAUUUAAUAAAUAUUCCUUAUAAAUUCAAUUUACUUUAUCGUGCUAGUAGAGAUGGUAAUACACCUGCAGCAUUUCAUGCUAAAUGUGAUAAUAAAGGAGCUACUAUUGUUGUUGCAAAAAUUAAAAAUUCAGAACAAAUAGUUGGGGGAUAUAAUCCACUUUAUUGGAAUUCAAUUGUUCAUGAUCUGUCCACAUUUGAUAGUUUCAUAUAUUUUUUUGCAGAUGUGAAGAAUAUAGUAACUGCAAAAGUAAGUUAUAGUAAUGGCAAUGCAUUUUCUAUAGGAAAUAAUCCGAAUUAUGCACCAAUAUUUGGUGGUGGUUACGAUUUAUACCAUCAUGGUUACGGUGUUUGGUAUAGUAAUAAUUAUGAAAAUACUACUUCUUAUCCUAAAAUUGAUGGUAUUCCUAGUGAAGUAGGAUAUAACAGAAUAAAUAGUGUAAAAUUUAAUGUAAAUGAUUACGAAGUCUUUCAAGUAAUUAGAAAAUAA